CCUGAAGGCAGCAUCUACAGCAGACCGGUUGCAUAAACGAAACUUAAUUCUGCUGCCCCCGAGAGUUUUCCUGCGUUUCACAAUUAAGGUUAGCGGCGAUAAGUGGGACCCCAAAAACAGUAACUAUAAGAAGAAAGCCAGCUUUAAAGACGACAUCAUUAUGGCACAUUAUAGAACUCCAGACCCCAAACGGGAACACUUUAGGAGAUACUUGGAGAAAGCUGGUGUUGUUGACAGUCUGACCAGUGUUUUAGUGUCUUUGUAUGAACAACCUGACAAGCCCAGCAAUGCUCUGGAAUUUGUGAAGCAGCAUCUAAAUUCUGGGGGUCAGGCUAUAACAGACACAGAGGCUCUACAGCAAGAGGUGAUCGACUUGAGGCAGAGGUGUGCACAGCUGGCAGACGAAAACAAAGACCUCAAAUCAAGGCUGCAGCGUUAUGAACCUGAAGAUGGAGCCACAGCUGACUAGACCACAGCAGCACUUUGGCUUAAUCAAUGUAGAUUUUGUUAAUUUUGCUUUCGCUUUCAUGACACAACAACACUAAUAGGUGAAGGCAGAUCAUUUUUAGGUGCCUGUUUUUGUAAAUCUUCUUUUCUACUGUUUCUUAGAAUUUUACUUAUCCUGUACAUGUAUGUAUAUAAGUUUGUUCCUUGUUUGUUUAAUCUUUAGCUUAGCUUUACGGAGAAAUUGCCCUUUUUUAUAUGGCUGAAAAAGUCAGAUCUUAAAGAAAUACUUUACCCUAAAUAAAGUAUUCCUUUAAGACAUUCCUUUUUUUGAGUGGUCUAUGGAAAAAAAUAAUAAAUGCUAUUUUUUCUU